UGAUCUCACCUGCCCAGAGUUUGGCAUCCUGAGCAGAGAGCCACUGAAAGUAGCAGGGCUGAGCUGGCCUUCAGGAUAUCUAGGCUCCUUCCACUGUGGGCCUGCCUUUUUCCAAGCAAUCUUCAUCCUUGACAACAGCUACAAGCACCACCAAAAUUUUUUUGAUAGCUGAAGGUGUUUUGUCGGUCAUGUUUGGGGUUUCUAAAUAAGUUUGUUGAGAUACAGUUAUUUCCUUUCCCUUCAAGUGAUGGGAUUGGUGCUGAGCUGAUCUUUUUGGAGAUCUUUCUGGAGCUUUGGCAUCCAAAGAUUUCCCCUCAGUUCCUGAGAGGAGUGAUGAGUGCAAGGUGGAACAGCUCCUGUGAGUCCUGCAAAUACAAGAUUCCAAAGGGAAAGGAAGGUGGCCUGAGGCCCAGAAAUCAGAACAUUGCUGAGGGAAUGGCUCUGCCACAAAGGAUUUUUCCCCCAGAGAAGAUUUCCAUGGACUGGCAGCAAAGACAGAGACCUGGCGCAGGACUCUUCAACCUGGGCAAUACUUGCUACAUCAAUGUAAUCCUGCAGUGCCUGACAUACACACCCCCUCUGGCCAACUACCUGCUCUCUCACCAGCACAGCCAGUCGUGCCAGCAGCAAGGCUUCUGCAUGAUGUGCACCAUGGAAGCGCACGUCAGGAAGGUCCUGCGCUCCUCGGCCAGCGCCAUCCUGCCCGGAGCUGUCCUCAGGGACCUCAAAUUCAUAGGGGAAGAGUUUGAGUAUGGCAGGCAGGAAAACGCCUACGAGUUCUUGCGCUGCACGCUCGAUGCCAUGCACAGAGCUUGUCUGAGCUGCGACUUGGACGACUCUUCAGAAGAAACUACCAUCGUCUAUCAAAUAUUUGGGGGCUUCAUGAAAUCUAGAGUCACGUGCUUGAGCUGCCAAGGAGUUGUCGAUUCCUUCAAGGCCUUCCUGGAUGUCUCUUUGGAUAUCAGAGCAGCCUCGUCCCUCACCACAGUUCUGGAGGACUGUGUGACACCCAAGCAGCUGGAUCAGAAAGAGUGCUUCACAUGUAGCAAGUGUAAGAAGAAAGCUGCUGCCUCCAAGAAGGUUACAGUCCAUUGUGCACCCCGAGUCCUCACGCUGUGUCUGGAAAGGGCUGACCAGUGGACUGGCACAAAGAUCAGCAAGUUCGUGGAGUAUCCUGAGUACCUGGAUCUUCGGCCAUACAUGUCAGACACAGCUGGAGAACCCCUCCUCUGCUCCUUGUAUGCCAUCGUGGUUCACAGUGGGGACACCUGCCUUGAAGGACAUUUUUUGUGCUAUGCAAAGGCCAGCAAUGGGCUGUGGUACAAGAUGGACGAUGAGUCUGUGGAUGACUGUGACAUCCACACAGUUCUAGGGCAGCAAGCCUACUUGCUGUUUUAUGCCAGAUUUUGAAGCAGCUGGUGGAAAUACCCCCAGUGUGACAUUUGUGUGAUGGGAUUUUGAGAGCUGUGUGCUUGCAUGUGCCCAUUUAGCAAUCUGCUGCUUUUAAAUGUGGUGUUUGAGUCACUGGAAGGGACAUGGAUGUACCAAUAGUGGCUGGACAGGGCUGGAGGGCCAGGCCCUGAGGGAUGGAGCCAGGACGGAGCCAGGAACAGCAUCUCCCAAGGGCCAGGGGCUGGUCCUGUUUCAUGUCUUUCUUAACUGGAUGCUGGGGCAGAGAGGAUGCUCAGCAAGCCACCAGAGGACACCAGGAGUGGCGCUUGGAUGAGGGGACUCAUGCCACCACAGCGGUGACAAGGGAAGAUUGUCAACCUGGAGGAGGGAGGAGCAGGUGAUGGGAGUUGUGCAAUGCCAGAGACGAAGGAGUGCAGAAGUACCAAAGUGUCCCUCGUAGGGAGCAGCUUGCACAAAGAGCACCAGAGAGACACUGCAGACACCUGCACAGCUCUGCCAGCUCCUCACUCGUGCACAAUGAGGCUUGGACACGAAGAACAGCAGCUUCUUGAGAAGUUCCCUGCUCAUCCAGGCCUGUUGUCAUCCCCAGCAGCUCAUCUUCCAGCUGAGAAGGGACAGGCACAGGGACAGGGACAGGGACAGCCUGCUGCUGUGCCCUCAGGAUUGCUUUCUUGAAGAACAUCCAUCCUUCCUGGACCCCUUUGUUUUAAAGAGCUUCUUCCCAAGGAACUUUCCAAAUCAGCUUCUUGAAAAGGUCAAAAUCUGCCCUCCAGAAGCCCAGUGUGGAAGUUUUGUUGGUGUUCCUCCUGGUUUCACUAAUUAGUGAGAAUUCUGUUAUUUCAUGGUCAUCAGCCUGGAGGUUAUGAUUCAAACAGUAA